AUGGAGGUUGCGGCUGAUCAGUCUCGGUGGAUGGCACAUCAUCAUGCGGUACUUAAUGGUCAGCAUCCAGAAUCCCAUCACCACGGUCUUACACACAACUACAUGGAACCCAUGGCACCGCUUUUGCCCCCGGACGAGGUGGAUGUGUUCUUGAAUCACUUGGAUUCCCAGGGCAACCCCUAUUACCCCAACUCACGGGCCCGAGUGUCUUACGGCCAAGCACACGCUCGUCUCACUGGGAGUCAGGUCUGUCGACCACACCUUAUCCAUAGCCCUGGCAUUCCCUGGCUGGACAGCGGCAAGGCAGCUCUCUCUGCUGCCCAUCACAACGCGUGGGCUGUAAGCCACUUCAGCAAACCCGGACUGCACCCUGCCAGCGCCGGUUACCCCUGCAGCAGCGGCUCUAGCACAGCUCCUGUGUCUUCCCUCAGUUCGGCGACCCACUCAAGCCCGCACCCUCUCUACAAUUUUCCACCAACUCCUCCAAAGGACGUGUCCCCGGACCCAGGUCCGUCCUCUCCAACUUCUUCAACGACAAGAAUGGACGAAAAAGAGUCCAUCAAAUACCAAGUAUCCCUUGCAGAUGGAAUGAAAAUGGAGGGAUGUAGCCCUUUGCGCAGCAGCCUGGCAAUGAGUGCUCAAACCCCUUCAACACACCACCCCAUUCCGACCUAUCCGACCUACUCGCUCCCGACACCUCACGAUUACGGCGGCAGUCUAUUCCAUCCAGGGAGUUUGCUGGGUGGAUCCUCGUCCAGUUUCACACCCAAAUGUAAAAGCAAGACGCGGUCGUGCUCAGAGGGCCGUGAGUGUGUGAACUGUGGUGCCACUUCUACUCCACUGUGGCGGAGGGAUGGAACAGGGCACUACCUCUGCAACGCCUGUGGCUUAUACCACAAGAUGAAUGGUCAGAACCGACCUCUCAUCAAACCUAAACGCAGACUGUCCGCCGCUAGACGAGCCGGCACCUGCUGCGCUAACUGUCAGACGACAACGACCACCCUUUGGCGGCGCAACGGGAAUGGUGACCCAGUGUGCAACGCCUGCGGGCUCUACUACAAACUGCACAACGUGAACCGACCACUGACUAUGAAGAAGGAGGGCAUUCAAACACGCAACCGCAAGAUGUCCAGCAAGUCCAAGAGAAGCAAGAGAGCAGGCGAGGGUUUUGAGGAACUGUCCAAGUGCAUGCAAGACAAGACCUCACCCUUUGGUAGUGCUAGCGCCCUGGCCGGACACAUGCCACAUAUGAGCCACUUGCCACCUUUCAGCCACUCUGGACACAUGCUACCCACACCAACUCCCAUCCAUCCCUCCUUCACCCACCCACAUCACUCCAGCCGCUCUCCUGUGUGGGCAGAACCGCACUGA